AACGAUACGUGCAUUGUUUCCAUCUCCUUCCCUGACACUUCCAUCAGCAGCUCUGCUUUGGGACCCACCUGACUGAAAUAAGAAGCUCUCAGCCAAAGAAGCUCUUUGCCUUCUGGGAUGAACCCCAUUUCCUCUGUAAGGUUGGAGGUCCUGGAAUGGAAAGCAGCGCCUGAAGAAGGGACAGCAGAAGAAAUGCAGAGCCCAGGAGGCUUCACAAUCAGAGAGGAAGAGCUCUACGUCCUCCAGUUCAAACUCGUUCCCCUCAUUGGCUUCAUCAGCGUGGGGCUGGGCAGCGCCGUGCUGUACCUGCUCAGGUUGGCACUGUACAGCCCCGACAUCAGCUGGGACCGAAAGAAUAACCCUGAGCCGUGGAACAAGCUGGGCCCCACCGACCAGUACAAAUUCAUAGCGGUUUCCACCGACUACAAGAACCUCAAGAAGGAGCGGCCCAGCUUCUGAGCAGCCCCACGCAGCCGCCCUGCAACCCCCCUCAUGUUGCGCUCCUUGUUCCCCCCCCAGCUCACGCCUCCUGCAUGAACCGGGCAGCAAUAAAAUCCCAGGGGGGUGCA